AUGGGUUGCAUAGAAACCAGAGUUAAGGAGCAUAAAGCUAAGAAAAUUCAAGGAAAGAUUGCAAAGGGAUGGAAUGUAUGCUGCAACUAUUCAAAUGCUGUGAAUGGGAGAAUUUGGUUACUUUGGAAAGCUCAUAUUCAACUUCAAAUUAUCCAUAUGACAGACCAAUUCAUCCAGUGUUGUAUUGAAGAUACUAACAGUCAGUUUAAAACUAAUUUUAGUAUCAUAUAUGCUCAAAAUGAUGGGAAUCAAAGGGAAAAUCUAUGGAGAGAUCUUAGAGGGCUAACUAUACCAAGUCAGGAGGCUUGGCUUCUUAGUGGAGACUUUAAUAAUGUUCUUAGCUCUGAGGAUAGAAUUGGUUCCCCUGUCACUGAUGCUGAAAUAAAGCGAUUUAAGGAUGUCAUUGAUGAUUUACAACUCACCCUUCUUAGUGCUAAAGGGUGGCAUUACACUUGGACAAAUAAGCAAGGUUCUGAUUCUAGGGUGUAUAGCAAGAUUGACUGGGCUUUGGGAAACUACCAGUGGAUCCAGCAGUAUGGGCAUAUAGAAGCUGAUUUUUUGAACCCAUCAGUGUCUGAUCAUUCCCCUAUUCUAAUCAAAUGUGGUAGACAACAGCUAAUGCACCCAAAACCAUUCAGAUUGUACACAAACAUCAUGGAGCUUCCUCAAUUUCAGAACAUUAUGCAACAAGUAUGGAAACAGCACUAUGAAGGAGCACCUAUGCAGCAGAUAUGGAGUAAACUAAAGAACAUGAAGGAACAACUAAAGGAGGUAAAUGCGUAUAUGGCUUCAUACAAACAGAGACUUGAGCAGGCAAGAGAGAAAUUGGAUGUUAUACAAACUCAGAUCAAGCAGAACCCUUUAUCACAGUCUCUUUUCAAUGAAGAGAAAAUAACACUAGCUGAAAUUGAGAAGUGGAGCAAUGUGGAGGAGCAAGUAAUGAGGCAGAAAUCCAAGGCCUGCUGGAUUGAAUAUGGAGAUGCUAACACAAAGUAUUUCCAUGCCUAG